AUGAUAGUAUUUACUGAUUCGCUCGUAUUUUGCGUGGCAUUUCAAAUACCCAAACCCUACAUGGCACUCUGGGUAGACAAAUAUAGGCCUUCAAGUCUCGCUAAAUUGGAUUAUCAAAAGGACAGGGCGCUGAGUCUUAAAAAUUUAAUAUCGCGUGGAAAUUUCCCCCAUCUGCUCUUUUAUGGACCACCUGGCUCAGGUAAAAAAACACGCAUUCAUUGCGUUUUGCGUGAAUUAUAUGGUCCUGGCGUCGAUCGAAUGAGGAUAGAACAUCACGAUUUCGUGACGCCUUCGAAGAAAAAAAUCGAAAUUUCUUCUGUUUCUAGCAAUUAUCAUUUAGAAGUGAACCCGAGUGACGUUGGUAUCUACGAUCGCAUUGUUAUUCAGGAGUUGAUUAAGAAUAUGGCUUCUACGGGUCAACUUGACACUGGACAACAGAAGGACUUUAAGAUAGUCGUCCUUCAUGAAGUAGAUCGGCUCUCACGCGAUGCGCAGCAUGCUCUACGCCGAACGAUGGAAAAAUAUAUUGCUUCAUGCAGAUUAAUUUUAUGUGCAGAAUCUACCAGUAAAAUAUAA